AACCUUUUGAGUUGACGUGUAACACUAACUCCCCACCCAUUCUAGCCUGCAUUAUUAUUUAUUAACAUACACAUAAAUCCUCCCCUAACCUACUAUACUACCACCAUUUGAUUUCACAAAGUUCGAACAACUCCAUCCAGAGGAAGAAGAAGCAGCAGCAAGCUCUGGCAAGCACACAUUUUUAUCACCAUUUCUGAAUCCAAAUGAGAAGAAAACCAUCUCAAAUCUCUCUGCAGAAACCCAUCAUCCAAAACACUCCAGUUCUACCAAAUAUGCAAGAAAAUGGUGAGCAAAUCUCAAAGAAAAAUGACAGUUUUAUGGAGCAGCAAGGAAGCACGUCACCUAAGAUGCAUGAAAAGGACGAGGAACUUUCAACACUGAACGGUCAGGAUUCGGCUGCUGUAGAAGGUGAUGAUGAUGUUGUGGUAGAUCAAGUGCCUACGGCGGCAGCGGCGGAAGAAGAAGAGAGUGGACUUGAGAGGUUAAAGAAGCAUAGAAUGGAGGUGGCCGGACAGGUUUGGAUUCCGGAGAUAUGGGGGCAGGAGGAGUUGCUGCAGGAUUGGAUAGAUUGUUCAGCUUUUGAUGCUUCUUUGUUUCCGAGUGGGAUUAUGACUGCUCGGUCUGCUUUGGUUGAGGAGGGGAGGAGAGAAAACUCCGGCAGAUUAAGGAUAGAAAACAGGUGUUGAAUAUUCAUUAAUGAUAAUUUAAUCUUCUUUUUAUUAGUUUUAUAAGAUCUUUUAUCUUUGUUUUUUUAAUUAUAUUAUUAUGAUCAUAUACAAAUGAUUGUUGAAACAAUGAGUUUACA